AUGGACAUUUCUAAGCAAAUAACUGAGAAGCCCAGAACAAAGGAACCUGAGAAGCCCAGAACAAAAAGCCCAGUAUCCACAAAAGAAAAUAGAAAAGAGGCUUUGGUAGCCUAUGGGCCUUCUAGAUUUGUUUCCUUUGUUCCAUGCAAGUUUCCAUUUCAGUCCACCCGUUCUUUUUUUGCGUGGUUCUCCACCAUGAUUCUGCCGAUUGCUAUUGUUCAUUGCGAUCUGAAGCCAAGCAAUGUCCUUCUUGAUGGUGACUUGACUGCUCAUGUUGGUGACUUUGGAUUAGCAAGGCUCCUCCCACAAGCUUCCCAUCAGCUCUGUUUGGAUCAGACAAGCUCCAUUGGUUUAACAGGCACCAUUGGCUAUGCAGCAACGGAGUAUGGCCUUGGAAGCGAGGUGUCGCCUUACGGGGACGUGUACAGCUAUGGCAUCCUAUUAUUGGAGGUGUUUACCGGAAGGAGACCUACGGGUGGCUUGUUUAAAGACGGGCUGAACCUGCAUAGCUUUGUUAAAACGGCUUUGUCAAUCUCUGUGACCGAAGUUGUGGACACAGUACUUGUAACAGAAGCUGAGGAAACGAGUGGCUCUAGUGCCGAGCCUCAACUUACUUGCUGA